AGGGGGAUGCACUUCGACACUGCACUCUUUUUCUCCUGCCUCUCCUUCGUCCUCCCCGUUCCAGCGUCUUACACUUCAUUCCUUACACCUUCUCUUUACGAGCGUCCCAUCGUGAGCGCGGUUACCGUUGCGCCUGGAAAAAGAUGCGCAUUCCUGUUCCUAUCCGCUAGAGUGGUUCCCCUUCGCGUUGCGUUGCUCACGGGUCUGCUUGCUCGUUGCUGGUUGCUAAUCCCCAUGGCCACUUACAGUGCUUUGAAGGAGUUAACUCGCGUUUCUCAUCGACCUCUAACCUCUCAAUGCCCCCCCUUAAUUCCCGGGUCCAAUCCCAGCGCUCUAGUCCGCUCGUCUCAGAAUUCCCACAUACGCGAAUUGCCCAGAAAAUGUCAAAUCUCGGAGUCGCAUCGGUACGGCUUGAGCAGCAGAAGAGUCAGAGGGCCUAAAAGGGACAGACCAAUCGGUCUGGCGAGGACAUCGCGCCUAACGUGCCACGUUGCCGUUCCUGCGGACGUGAGCUCCGACAACGCCGCUACUGCUUCUGCCGAAUCUCGACGGAAUCCGUCAAUCAUUGACUCCGAUAAGCAUUCGCGUUCCCUGACUGGGGGUUUCGCCGUGCCAGCUCACGAGACAGAGGGGCUCGUGACUGGUUCUGACGAUCUCCACGGCGGGAGAUUCGAAAUCCAUGGCGGAAGGCUGGCAGGAGGAAGCGCGCCGAGCCACCCGCGGAGAGCUCGAUCGACCGAGGAGAUUCGCGAGCGGAUAGCGCUGGAGAAGGCUCAGCGGCGUGCAACGGACCGGCAAUCCACCGCUCUCGUCCGCGCGCUGACGUGGGCUCUACGUGGCGUGGAUGACGUGGCAGCAGUGGAUACGGUGAUGGCCGUCGCUGAGGAGGAAGGCGAGGAGGUGACCGCGCGGGUGGUGUCGUCCGUGCUGCAGAAGCUCGGGAUUGAGCGGCAAGUCGGUGCUACGCUGGCGCUUUUCCAUUGGCUGCAGCGUGCUUUUGGUUCCGACACUAGCGGAAUCGACUCUUCAAAUACUGGUAUGCCUUCUGAAGGUGAUUCCGAAAGAAAUCAGCACGCACAGGAACGAGCAGUUUCUGAACAUGAGGAAGCAAGGAAAGCAAGGUGGAAGGGACUGUCAGAGCCUAACGUGUACACCUACAAUAGUUUAUUAGGAGCGCUUAAAGCCAAUGGGGAAUGGGAAAGGAUGGAGGAGGUAGCGGGGUGGAUGUCGGCCAAUGGCGUGCCGCCAGAUGUCGUCACUCUGAACACGCUCCUGGCAGCCUUAGACACUCAGGGGAAGGACGAAGCAGCGUGGAACCUUCUCGCAAAACUCGGCAUUCAUUACUCCUCGUUUCACAAGUCGCGGAAGCCCUUAGACGUUCAACCCAGGGCGCAGAAAGCGACUGUUCCAGAGAGCAGCAAGCAUGAGCCGGAUUCGCUGAGGGUGAGGCAUGAGCCAGGUUCGCAAAAGGGGGGGCAUGAGCAGCCGACUGAGCGUAGCACGCUAAGCGACGCCGCAACAGUCCCACAGCACCUAGUAACUGCGUCCGAUCCCACAAAGGCCGCGCAUUCAGAGGAGCUGGGCGGGGGCUUUUGUCAGCUUGCGGAGGGCUGGUCUGUGCGGCCGGACCUGUUCACGGUGCGCACGAUGCUGCCUGUGUGCCGCAGGGGGCGGGUGGUCGAGCGAGCGCUGGCGCUUUACGCUCUUGCUCUGGAUUCGGUCAGUGCCAACAGCGGCAGCAGCAGCAGCGGCGGCAGCAGUGGCGGCGGAAGCAGUAGCAGCAGCGGCAGCAGAAAUGGCAGCAGCGGUAGGAGCGAGGGUAGCAGCAGAAGAGGAGCCAGAGGAAGUGAGGGGAGUGAGAAAUUCCGAGCUGGUUUAUCUCGGCAGCAGCAGCAGCGGCAGGAGGUGGCAGCAGCGCUCAGGUUCGCGUGCAACCAGGAGAUGAGGCGGAUAGUUGGCGCGCUGGAGAGACAAGUGAGCAAUAAGGCAGCCGCAUUAACGCAGGAGGCAGCACAGGUAGACGCAGACAUGGCAGCUGCUAGUGCAAAGGCAGGGAUAGCAGUAGGGACGGCGUCAGGUGUGGUGGAGAGAGAGGGAGGAGCCGGGCACAGUGAGGUUGCUGCUGCUGCUGGUGCAGCGGCGACGGUGGCAGUAGGAGUAACAGCGGGCGCGGGUGCAGUAGCAGCAGCAGAUGGGGCUUCCAGGCGCGAAUCUGCUGAAGGAAUGGAUGCUCGGGAGGAGGAGGAGGAGGAGGAGGAGGAGGAGGAGGAGGAGGAAGAGGAAGAGGAGGAGGAGGAGGAGGAGGAGCAGGAGGAGCAGGAGUUUGGGGAUGGUGCAGCUGAGUGGUCAAAAGAGCACCACGGAAGGGCAGGGAAAGAUGACGCUGGGAGGGGUUUUCGGGGGGGGGAGGGUGGGCGAGAGAGUGGAGCAGAGGGGGGGCGGGUGCAAGGGGAUAGAGCCGGGAGAGGGGGAGCUGGGAAGGGGAUGAUGGGGCAUGGCACGGCAGGGGCGUCUAGGGUGCUGUGGCUGCUGCACCAGAUGGAAACGGUGGGGAUUAAAGCGGAUGCGGACACCUACCGCCUGGCCUUGCACGCAUGCUGCCUGGAUGAUCUCAGCAUGGGAGCUGCUAAGGUGGUGGGCACUUCUAAGGCCGUGGGCACGCCCCACCGCAAGCAUGGGCAUGGGCAUGGGACAUGCAGGCAGCGGGAGAUUCGCACCCUCUUUGCUGCCAUGCGCAGCCAUGGAUUUGUCCCUGCCCUGGACACGUGUCACCAGGUGAUUGGGGCGCUAGGCAGGGCGAAGAAGUGGUGGGCAGCGCUGGAAGUUUUCGAGUCGAUGAAGGCGCAGGGGCCUGCGCCGACCGCUGCCACGGAGCGGCUCAUUCGCGGGCACUUUAACAUUUUGCUGACGGCUGCCCGGAAGCGCGGACUCUGGAGGUGGGCCCUUUCUCUUCUCUCCAAAAUGGAAUCUGCAGGCCUUCCCCCGGAUGCCUUUGCAUGGCGCACCGUGCUUGUGACAUGCGCGAAAGCCAACGAAACUGCGACUGCUAUUAAGGUCUUCGAAGACAUGGUGGAGACGGGGAUUCGGGCGGAUGCAGUGGCGUACGGCGCUUUGCUAAGUGCGCUGGAAAAGGGGGAUUUGUUAGAGCCAGCGGAGACAGUGUGGGGGCACAUGAGGAAGAUGGGGGUGGAGCCAAACAGGCAGGCUUAUACCACCAUGAUUGUUGCGCUGGGGAAGAGAGGGGAAUACGGGCGAGCUGCAGCUCUCUUCGAGGAGCUUCAAGGAACGGCUAGCAGCAGCAGCAGCAGUAGCAGGAGAAGCGGUGGCAGCAGUUGGAGCGACGCUAGUGGGGUUGCUCUGUCGAGGCAGGGGGGAACAGGGGAGGAGCUGGUGGCUGUGCUUGGGCACAGCAGGCCUGAUGAAUCAGCCGCUGCUUUGGACAGAGAGCAUCUCCUGGGUGCUGAUGUGGCAGCGUUCAACGCCAUGGUGACUGCUUGUGCGCAUGCUGGAGAAGGGCUGCGGGCACUCGACUGGUUGCACAAGAUGGAAGCAUCCCCCAAAGUUCUACCCAAUGCCACCACCUAUCAACAAGCCGCCAUAGCUCUCGCUGACGCCAGUCACUGGGAGGCCGCCCUCUCUCUCAUUCCACGAGCGCGCUCUCGGGGAAUUGAACCAACGGCUCUGAUGCUUGAAGUGGUGCAGCGAGGCUGUGACGCCAAUGGGGUGGAUUUCACCUCACACUUGGCAGCCAUGUCUGCUUCUCAUGGAGACAUGGCGUUGGCUGAUGCAAGGCAACCUAGCUAAAUGCUCGAUCUGACACCAAUGCGGUUUUGCAUCUACUCGAUGCUUGGUUGGUUUAACAGCCCCAAAGGUCGGAACCAAUGUGCAACGUUUUUGCUUAACCGGUUCUCAAUAGUGUUGUUUGAUACAAUUCAUACAGGC